AUGGUCGGAGCAGUGACGGAUCAGAAGAUUCAGUUGUCCUGGCAAAACCCCAACCUCAACAGGAACUUUGUUGUCCAUCUUUUCAAAGACGACGGAACACAGGAGAUCAACCAAACAGUGCCAAAUCUGCCGAGUAUUACGACUGUGAUUCAAGAUUUAAUGUCUGAUUCUACUUACGUAAUUGUAGUUGAGGAUUUCCUUUCCUUGAAUGUUCUUGGAUCAGUGCAAGCGAUGACAAAUGCGCAACCCAACUCAAAUGUUAGAGUGGACAGCAAGACUUCAACAUCGGUAGUACUAUCUUGGAUUUUGAUUCCAUUUGCGACCAACUAUCGGAUAUCUUACAUCAGUCAAGAUAAUGCAGGGACGGGUGUCCUAAGCUCAACCAUCCCCACAUCCGUAGUGACUGGUUUGCAACCUCAGAUGACUUAUGCAUUCUCUGUGGUAGCAACUGUAGGCACGUCCCAAAUAAAUGUAGGGUCAGUCACUGUGAUCAUAGAUGCAACAUUAUCUGGAUCAGUAAAUGUAAGCAACUUGACACCCACGACAGUUAGUCUUCAAUGGACUCUCUUUCCUGGUAAUGUUGUUUACGAGAUUGUCUACACUGGACCAGACGGUAACCCGACAACAGUUUCAUCUGUGUUAAAUGGAGCCAGUCUUAUCAACCUUAGUCCAGGCACUCCCUACAGUAUUCGAGUACAGGUCAGAGACUCAACAGGAAUAACUAUCAUAGGCACUACUUCUAUCACGACGCCAGUGACUUCUGAUACGACCCCGCCUGCGGUAAUCUGUCCGCCCGACGUUAAUCGGGUACUUGAGAGCGGAAACUCUGUUCUAAUAGACGUGGGACAGCCGAUAGUUAGUGACAACUCUGGAUCUGUAGAAUUAGUCAGUUCGACCCUACCAACCGGAAAUCAAUUCUCGAUUGGAACAACCAUGGUGACAUUUACCUACAGAGAUCCAGCUAACAACAGUGCAUCUUGUUCCUUGUUCGUUCUUGUUUCACUAGUAACACCAAUUAUUGUCAAGGAAGUGACGCCAACAACGGCUACGUUGUCUUGGACGACUGUGCCAGGUGUCAUAGCCUAUGACAUAAUAUUUACUGGUCAGAACAACUUCCAGAGGUCUGUCACGUCACCAACAGAAUGGGUCUUUGUGGCAAAUCUGUUGCCAGGACGCCCCUACAACGCUCGUGUGGUGGCGAACGUAGCCAGCCCAGGUGGACAAGUGGAAGUUGGAAUGACAUCAUUCAACACAAGUCAACCAAAUUCUGUUACAGUGACUGGAGUAACGACAUCAACCGCCAGUUUGUCAUGGGUUCCACUCCCUGAUACCACUGUCUUUUAUCAGAUCGUAUUCACAGGACCUGAUGGCGUUAUUAAUACAUAUAAUCUUCUGAAUAAUUUUAUGAGUCUUACUAGCCUAAGUCCAGGCUUUGCUUACAACUUUCGAGUUCAAACGGCUGUAGGUAACACUACUGUUGUAAUAGGCACUGCGGCAGCAAAUACAGGACCGCUGAUACCUAGACCUGCACCCCGGGAUGUCUACUUUCAGUCCCAUGAGUUAGACUACUUCACAGUGUCCUGGACACCCGAGGACAUCACCGACGUGACAGGUUAUCUGGUAGCCUAUGAAGCUGGUAGUGCUGGCUUCCAGGAGACAAUCAAUGAUCCUACGGCCACCACGAUAACCCUACAGGAUGACACCCUUGGUGGCAACCCACCCAAUGGGGUACUAAUCGUUCCUUUCGUAUCAGGAAUGGUCAAUACGCAAUAUAUUGUACAAGGAAACGAGGCUCCCCUGCAUGUGCUGCCCCUUGAAGCUCCAAGAAGUGCUACGGUUCAGAAAACGUCAGCGACCAGCUAUGAGCUCAGAUGGGUUAGUGCACCUGGUGUAGAUGGUUACGUGAUAUCUUAUGCAACAACGUUAACGAGAGACAACACCUCUAGUCGAGAAGUGCCUUUGGGCAGGACGUCCGAGCAAAUCACAGGGUUACCACCGAACACAGACUUCACGUUCUAUCUGUACAGUCAGAAAAACGGUCUUAGAAAACGUGCAGUUUUAACAAUGGUUUCUCAAGGUUCGCCUGACACUACUCCGCCAACUGUGCUCUGUCCGUCUGAUAUCAUCCGAACGAUUCCACUGGGAAGUACAUUUGCAAUGGUAUCAGUGCCAAUCCCUACUGUUACCGAUGACUCCGGAAUCUUCUUCUUCGUUAGUUCAAACGUACCAACUACAAAUCAGUUCCCUCUUGGAAAUACACCGGUCACAUUUACCUACCGUGAUCUCGCCUUCAAUCAAGCUUCAUGCACAUUGUCAAUCUUCGUGUCAAUAACGUCAAUGGAUACGAUACCCCCAGUCGUCAGCUGUCCGCCGGACGUCACCGUGACAGUUCAACUUGGAUCAACGCAAUCUGAGGUGAUUAAUGUGGGAGAGCCCAACGUUAGUGACAACUCUGGAGUUGUUGUACUGGUCAGCUCAACCUUGCCUGCCGAAAGUAGAUUUCCGAUUGGAACGACUGCCGUGAAUUUCACCUACAGAGAUCCAGCAAACAACCAGGCAUCCUGUUCUUUAUUGGUCAAUGUGGUAGAAGUCGAUACUAUACCGCCCGUCGUUAUAUGUCCAGGGACGUUUGUUGCAACAAUCCCUGCAGGAGCAUCCAGCGGGAUAAUAAGCUUACCCAGUGCAACUGCAAACGAUGUCGGCGGUAGUGUCACACUUGUCAGUACCCAGCCAAAUCCUACAAACCCGUUUCCACUAGGGACAACCAAUGUGUCGUAUACUUUCCGUGAUCAGUUUGGAAAUCGGGCAUCUUGUUCGUUUGAUGUCGUUGUAUCCACUGGAACCACAGAAACUGGUGUUACUGUCACCUCUGUCACAGAGAAUUCCAUCUCAGUGUCCUGGCCUCAGGUUCCAGGAAAUUUGAUUUAUCAGAUCUUGUACAGCGACUCCGAUAGGACCCAGAUAAACAUUACGAUGACAGAAAGCAUAACAUUGACAGACCUUCUCGAGGGCACAUCAUACAACAUCACCGUUUUAGGUUUCGACAGUUCAGGAAGAGUGGAUGUUGGUUCCGUUAUUGCGACUACAGCUAUGAUGACAAGUCUUACAGCAUGUAGCAGUGGACCUUGUAAAAACCUUGGGACGUGUAUCAAUGUUCAACAAAAUAGUUAUGCAUGCAUUUGUAAAGAAGGCUACGUUGGAGACCAAUGUGAAUUAUUGGCGAUUGUAGGCACACCUUUUUUCGUGUCCGUUCGGGGGACAGACUUCGUAACGGUGACUUGGGAGGAUGAUCCUUCGCAGACUAUUGUGUCGUACAUCCUUACUCUAUUUGAUGCUUCUGGAACGGUAGAAGUGGUCCAGCAGCAGCUGGUUGCUCCUGAACCAACACUAACCUCUCAAUUCACGGGACUUCAGCCGGCGACGAAGUAUACCCUCGACGUUGAUGUCAUAGUCGGUUCGGUCAGAAACCAGUUCGUGUCAGGAACAUUUUACACUCGACCGAAGCCGCCGGAGAACAUCAUCCUCUACACGUUAAGCGAUGAAGCCUCUAUUAUUCGGUGGAAUGCUCCAUCUCCUCCUGACAAUAACUUCGAUGGCUAUCUGGCAGCUUAUCAGGACAUUUCAUCUGGCUUUAUCAGUGCAGUCCCUUUGGCUUCUGCAGUCAGAAGUCAUGUCUUUGACGGCCUCCAGAUUGGUGUGGCAUAUGAUUUCACAGUACUUACGACCGUCGGUCAAAGUACAGCAAGUUCAUUUACGACAUUUCCUACUAUUACACUUGGAUCGCCGGCCAAUGUCAGUAUUAGGGCCGUAACGGCAGAACACGUAGAGGUCGCCUGGACUGUUCCACAAGUAUAUGCACAGUCUUACGUGGUCCAUCUCUUCAACGAAGGUGGUACAGAGGAACACUCCAGGACAGUCGGUGCUGAAAAUACAUCCGUGGUUUUCCAAAACCUGACGCCCAAUACCCUGUACCUUGCUUUAGUCGAGACGGUCUCUGCGUCAUCCAAACUGUCCUACGUGUCCGGUUGGGACCUAGCAAGAACAAAUAUCCUGACUGCUUCGACUUUGACCGUGGCUGAAAUAGGUUCUACUUCAGCGACCCUUUCAUGGAUACCUAUCCCUUCAGCUACCGGUUAUGUGGUAUCUUACAUUAGUCAAGACCUUUCGGACACAGGGGUUGUCGAACUACCAUCGCCAUCGACCACAGCUACUGUGUCCGGCCUUCGACCAGAAACAAUUUAUACUUUUUCUGUGGUUGCAACCACUACCCCACCGACGGGUGUUGGUACCACCGUUGGUGUCACAAACGUUUUGACGGAAGUGUUCGCUGAUGCUGUAACUUUCGACACCAUAUCGCUUUCUUGGACCAAUAUCCCCGAUAGCAACUUUUAUCAAAUUGCUUAUCGAAACCUGGAUGGGGUUGUUAGACAGACCGCAUCUCUUACAAACACUACAACCAUCAAUGGCCUGACCCCAUCUACAGCCUAUAACAUUACGGUCGAAUCUUUUUCAUUCGGCGCCAUUCGACAAGUUGUUGGAUUUGUAGCCGUUUCCACGGAAAUGGCAUCAACGGCUGAAAUUGUGAACAUCACUGUCGAUACAGCCGUCCUGACGUGGGACCCACUCCCAGGAGCUCUGGUUUACAUUGUCACCAUUAACGAUGGGAUCAGUUCCAAUGUCGAGCAGACGUUUGCCUCUCCGAUCACGAUAACAGGCCUUACGCAUAAUACCAUGUACGAGUUCUCAGUUGUCGGUUACGGGCCGAUGGGUGAGGUAAACCUAGGAUCUAUAUCGGGAAGUACAGCCUUUGAUAACUGUGCAUCAUCCCCUUGUCAAAACGGAGGAGAGUGUGUCAAUGUUUUGACGAGUUUCACCUGCCAAUGUGGGCUUGGAUACUUUGGUACCUUGUGUGAAAUUGCUAUCCAAUGUCCUACUCCUCCAAUGUCAACCGGGCUUAACUCCUUUGACGGAUCUUGUAUUGGACCAGGUCUAAUUGACAAUGGUUAUAGUUGUACAUACAGAUGUGAUCUUGGUUUCCUCAUCAGGGGCGAACCGACAAUAGCCUGUCAACUUAACGGAACACUUGAUGGAACGUUCCCAUCAUGUGAAGACGUGGAUGAAUGCAGGAACGGUUUGAUGUGCGUGGAUCCUAAUAGCUUCUGUCUCAACAAUAUCGGUUCCUUCAUGUGUAGUUGUAAUGGGGGAUUUCAACUCAUGCCUGAUGGCACUUGUCAAGAGUCUGCGACUAUUUCCUGCACGCCGGACCCCUGUGCGAACGGAGGUACUUGUGUGGCCGGGUUCAACCGUGUGACGUGUCUAUGUGGACCAGGUUUCACAGGGCCAGCCUGUGAACAAAGUUUAUUUUGUGCUGGGGUCCAGUGCGGAUCUUCUCAGGUUUGUGUGAAUGAACAGUGCACCUGUCUAGAAGGUUUUAUCCUUCAGGGAGGAUUGUGCCAAAGUCCUUGUUCUCCACAAUGUGAUAUCGAAACCGAGGUCUGUGUAUCAACAACAGGUGGAGGAUUUCAGUGUGACUGCAGACCAGAUCGAGAGAGGAGUUUCUGGACAGGUCUUUGUGUGCCAAGAAUUCGAACUUUUUCCUCGGUGUUCACUAUCGAUGAGCUGGGUGGCUCUCCGGUGGAUUUUAACCCAUCCUUUGCUGAUCCUACCAGCCUCGCUUUUCAGGAAGGUUCAGAUGCCGUCACGGGUCUUUUACCUCUAGCCUUUGAGGCUUCUGGAAUGCCUGGUGUCAUCGGCAUAGAAGUGGAUGGGUUCUUCCUAGGCAGUCUGAUGUGCGAGAUAACUGUUUACGUGGGGAAAGAAUUCGACGGUACUGAGAUUGAUCUGAAGAACGUUCUAAUGCCCAAUGAAUCUUCAACUCGCUUCUCUGAUGGUUCACACGGAUUAUUAAUUCGACGAGACUCUGUCACUGUUCAUGAAAUAACCCACAGGGAUCCAUGCAGUAUGCCAGAGUUAAACGACUGUUCCGUUAAUGCUGUGUGUUUGAAUGAAGAUGAGAGGGAUUAUAUCUGCUUGUGUAUGGAAGGCUAUAGGGACAUGUUUCCGGAAUCACUACCUGGACGCUACUGCAUGGAAGAUAAAACAUCAACGACACCAUCAGGGAUAGACAAGGAACCAGGAACUGGUUUCGAUAAGAGGAAUAUUUUUAUCGGUAUAGUCUCAAGCAUUGCCAUCAUAAUCCUUCUCGUCUUGAUCGUGUUUUGCUUCAACCUUAUUCGCAUUCACCGUGAAAAAUACAAGGUGAAGAAACGGACUGCUGUACAAGAGAAGGCCAAUGAAGUCAAAAAUCCCGAGGACUUUGUCCAGUCAUCAGUCCGCGACGUCUUCUUCAAGAAAUCUAACUUGGACGAUCACACCUAUAUCAAUCCUAACCCACAACUAGAUGAGCAGCAUCCGUCUGCCUUUAGCAUGGAUGCAAAGAACCACGCUACGACCAUGGAUGAGCUUAAGGAGUAG